GGAGCUUAGAUGUUGUAGCAAGUGUUUUGUAACGCGAAGGUUUGGACAUCGUAAUUUUCCCAAUAGUGUAAAGAAUUAAGGGGCAUGAUCAGGUCAUAGCACAGAAUGAGUGUAAAAAUAUGCCAUGUUCAAGAUGAGGAAACAAACUUCAUCUGUAAGCUUAGUCAUAGACAAAAUCAAAAAACAAACCAAGGUAUGGAGAAAAAGUUGAACAACAACAAUAUAGAACUUUCAGAAUACAUUGUGGACCCCAGAACAAAGACUACAUACUUGAAAGGAAAGUUUCUUGGAAAGGGAGGGUUUGCCCAUGUCCAUGAAAUAACAGAUUUGACUACAAACAAGAUAUAUGCUGGAAAGAUAGUUCAAAAAGCCAAUCUCACAAAAUCUCAUCAAACAGAAAAGAUUCUAAGAGAAGUUGAAGUGCACAACUUACUAGAACAUAAAAAUAUUGUUCGUUUCUAUGGUUGUUUUGAAGAUGAGAAACACAUUUAUAUUCUUCUUGAGAACUGUCCAAGAAAGUCCUUAGCUCAUGUUUUAAAGAAAAGGAAGGUAUUGACAGAGCAAGAGGUCAGAUAUUACAUUCAUCAAUUAGUUGAAGGAGUUGAGUACAUUCAUAAUUGUGGAGUUAUACACAGAGAUUUGAAGCUGGGAAACUUGCUCCUCAGUGAGAAUAUGGAAGUAAAGAUAGGAGAUUUUGGAUUGGCUAGCCACAUAGUUAAAGAAGGUUACAGGAAAAGAUCUGUGUGUGGAACACCCAAUUAUAUUGCUCCUGAAGUUCUCAGUAUGGAGGGACAUGGUAAAGAAGCGGAUAUCUGGGCAAUAGGCUGUAUCAUGUAUGCCAUGCUGGUAGGACAUCCUCCCUUUGAGACUACGACCUUGAAUGAAACGUAUUCACGUAUCAGUAACAAUUCUUAUUGUAUGCCGAUGAACAUAUCUGAAAGUGCUCGCACCUUGAUCUUCAGAAUGUUGAAAAGUAGGCCUGCAGACAGACCUGACAUCACAGAAAUCCUUCAAGAUGAGUUCUUCUGUUCUGGUUUUAUGCCAACAACACUUCCCCCAUCCUGCUGCUCAAGCCCUCCCAAGUUCCCUGCAAUGGGUUUCAUUCCUAGGUUUUGUUUAGAUGAGUGUGAUAGUUUUAAUCAAGAUUUGAAGCAGAUUACACAUGCUGUGUCAACAUUACGGGUACACGGUCAGUCUAAAACUGGAGAGGAACAGCAGUCUGCAAAAGGUUUCCAUUUAACAAACAAAAAACAUCCCAAGAAAGAUGACUUUACCUCCAACUUUAGGUCUAAACUGGAAAGCUUCCUCUGCUCUGAAAAAAAUAAAAUGAAAGAUAUAAACACGUCAGAAUCUCUUUAUAGCAUUCUUCUGUCUUGUCUGGAAAAUAUGCCUAAAGACCCUGUCGUUAGUAAAUGGCGAGUGGAGUACUACGAUCUAAGUAACAAGCUGAAAGUGUACAGUUCAUCCAAUGUGCCAUCCAUCCUUCUGGAGAAAUACACCUUGUUGAGAUACUUUAGUCAAUAUAUGGAGGAGAAUCUAACUGAGGGUGGAGAUAUAAAGCAGCUUGAGGUAACUAAAAAGAAGAAAACCAUUCCUUAUAUGAAACGCUGGGUAAGGACUUCCAGGGCCAUUGUAAUGCAGUUGAACUGUGGCACUCUUCAGAUGAAUUUUUUUAUGGAUCACACUAAACUUAUCGUUAGUGGAGGUAAACACCACGGCAAGCUGACGUACAUCAACGAGUUUCGUCACACUUCAACAUUUUCCAUUGCCGACAUUUCUCAAUACGGGUGCAAGUCGGAUAUUGUCUGCCGUAUUCAGUAUGCUCUGUCAGUUCUUCGAGAGUUUGCUGAACUGGAACAGGAUGAUCUUUAACCCUAGCACACUGUGAUGUUUAACUGUGAUUAGUCUCAACCAUGUGAUUGAUAACCUACAAAUCAUUUUUGUUGAUAAUUAAGCUUGACAGAAAUAAUAUUUUUUAUUUACUUUUCCCUUAUAGUGAGUGUUGUGAUAAAAGCAAAAAGUCUUUUUCAAUAGAGAAAGUGGCUUAACCAAAACUAGUUUAGUAAUUAGAUAUAAAAAAAUUACAUUUUCUGUUUCAGGUUUUUUAGUCUCCUUACAGUUAACUUAAGUUGUUACAGAUGUUAUGGUAUUAUUUAAUCAAAAUAUUUUGUCAUUUUUAAGAUUCAGUGUCUUCCUUGUUGCUCAAGAUGUAUGAAAUAGAAAACUGUAUAAAAGUUUCAAUGUGUCCAUGACUAUGCAGCAAGAUAGAAAAUUCAUCCACUAUUUUUUUAGAGCAAAUUUGAACUGUUAAUGAUCUCUAGAUUUUGUAAAGACAACAUGUUAUUGAAAUCUUAUAGAUUACUUAUAAUUAUGAAAAAUUUUUUUUUCUAAACAUUUGCUUGUAAACGUGACAGACAUACAAUUGCAUAUUUAUACGCAUGCGCGCGCGCACACACACACACAUGUAUUGAUAUCUAUCUUAAUACUUUGUUGCAACAAAUCCACAAAAAAGUAGUUUGAAAUAUAAAAAUGUGUAACUUAUGAACUAGUUAAUAUGUAUGUAUGUGUUUUUAUACAUUAAGAAGUUAUUUUUUGUUUGUAGUAGGCCUACAGAACAUUUAAACUAAUCUAUUGUUUUUUCCCCCUGGUUUCAGUAGCCUAAUAACUUGCACAUAAAUGGGUGGCUGGAUUAAUUUAUUUGACAUUGUGUAACUUGAUAAUUAGUAUAAGGUUAUGCCAACAGUUAUGAGUCUAAUACAUAGUAAUAACAACUUAGUAGCCAUAAUAAAUCUUGGAGCUUUUUGAAAUUUCCAACACUGUCUUUAUGAUGUUUCACUUUUGUGGUUAUAAAUUUCAAUGCUCCCUUCAAGUUUCCAACACUGUUUUUAUAAGGUUUCACUGUUGUGUUUAUAAAUCUUGGUGCUUCCUUCAAGUUUCCAACACUGUCUUUACAAGGUUUCACUUUUGUGGCUACAUAUCUUGGUGCUUCCUUUAAAUUUCCAACAUUGUCUACAAGGUUUCACUGUUGUGUUUAUAAAUCUUGGUUCUUCCUUCAAGUUUCCAACACUGUCUUUACAAGGUUUCACUUUUGUGGCUACAUAUCUUGGUGCUUCCUUCAAAGUUCCAACACUGUCUUUACAAGGUUACACUUUUGUGGCUACACAUCUUGGUGCUUCCUUUAAAUUUCCAACAUUGUCUACAAGGUUUCACUUUUGUGCUUAUAAAUCUUGGUGUUUCCUUCAAGUUUCUAACACUGUCUUUACAAAGUUUCACUUUUAUGGUUACAAAUCUCGAUGCUUUCUUCAAAUUCCCAACACUGUCUUUACAAGGUUUCACUUUUAGGGUUACAAAUCGUGGUGCUUCCUUCAAAUUUCCAAUGCUGUCUUUACGAGGUUUCACUUUUGUGGUUUUAAAUCUCAAUGAUUCCUUCAUGUUUCCAAUACUUAAUUUUGGUGUUAGAAUUUUGUUUAGAUUUGAUUUGAUUUGAUUUAACAAUAAUGUGUGAAAAACUGCCUCUGAACCUCUAUUCAUUAUGUGUACUGUGUGGGGAUUCUUAGCAUUAGUACCAAAAAUUUGCACCAAAUAUGUAAAUAUGAAUAUUUCAUUUGCUUAUAUAACUUUCUCGUUCAUGUUUUAAAUGGUUUCACCAUACACUAGCAUUAUUCUAGUAAGAUGAUCAGUGAUAACAUUCCAUUAAGAAAAGCUACCCACACAAAUAUUUGUUGUUUCACCUGCUGUACUUCGAUGUUAGUGUCUAAUGCACUGUUAUUGUUAAACAAUGAACAACAAUGUGUGUAUAUCACAAGCUUCACAGACAUUUUCUUUACCUUCACAUCAGUUUCAAAUCCUUAGUCUGAACAAUGCUGCAGCACACACUGAAAAGUGCAUAAAUAUUAAAUGUGAUUUGCCAUCUUGUAAACUUUUUUUUCUUUCUGGAGACACAUUAAAAUACUUGCUAAUUAUCAACAAGGAAGGUUUUAUUGAUUGCUGGCAUUCCAUGUUUUGUUAAUUUAAGCGACUUAUGUAAUUACUACAAUUGUUAAUAUCUCCACCCAUUUUUCAUUGUUUUGAUUGUGUAGUGUAUGAUGUACCUUAUAAUGGGUUGAAAAACAGGAUAAAUUAUACAAAUAUAAUUUGGGAUUUAAAUUAAACACAUGGAAAAUUGCAUGUGUAAAAUAUGGUGAGGUAAAAAAACAUUUUCUGAAACACUUUUUUUUUAGGCUACAGUUACCCCUGGCACUGGUUAUUUUACAACAGUUUUAGUACACAAAUUGAAGUAUUCACUCGGUAAUUAAUAGCAUUUAACACACUGUAAUACAAAGUAUUAUGACUUUUUGGUAUAAUUAUUGUUGAAUAGAUUAAUAUUACAGGGAUUGAGUUACAUAAAGUUUUUUUUUUUUUGCCAGAAAAAAAUGCUUAUCAAAAUAAAAUGCAGCUAAAGUUGGUGAAAAAAUUAGUUAGAAACUAAAUCCUGCUGUACGUACAUUGUAAAUAAUUUAUUUCAUUGGUAAUUCUUGCAUUAUUGGUAUAAACAACUAUUUUGAUUAUGUGUUCAUAGACAGGAACAAAUGUCUAACUAUACAUCAUUUGUACCACUUGGCAUUAGCGUGAAGAUAAAAAAAACAUUCUCUUAACAGCUGUUACAUCUGUAUGAUAUGUUUUGAGAUAUUUGUAUAUUAUGUAGUUUUCUUUCGUUAUCACAUGAACAGAUCUGUUCAAUUUCUUUCUUAUGGUAUAGUCUACUCUAAACUAUGGUAGUUUACUCAUCCUUCUGAUCUGAGAAAAGUCAGUGACCAUAAGUUACUCUUAUUGCUCUGAAAACAUAAUUGUUACAUUCUCUCUUGUUUUUGCUAGAUUUUAACCAAGUAAUAAAUUAUUUCAGAAGAUAUUCUAAAAUAAGUGCUUGCUAAGAAAUGGAAAGUACUGUUCUACCAUUUAUAAAUGUUCCUGUUAGAAAAAAAGAAUUAUGGAUUGACUUAGAAUGUCUUGAAAAAUUAAAACAUAGUAAAACCUUGGACAGGUCAGUUUAUUUUCUGACUAACAUAUAUUUAUUAAAUUUGUGUUCUUGAACUACAUCAAAGUUCCAUUAAACACAGCAUUAAGUUAUGUAUAAGCAGUGUGCUUAUGAAUUGGAAAUCAGGAGAGGAAUGAAAUGUAAUAUUUCAUAAUGAUGAUGAUUAUUAACCUAGAUAAAUGUUUUAUUUAGGUAUUGUAAGUGGUUAUUACUAAAGGUAAUUUUUGUAAGUAAUCUCAUUGGUUUUCAGUCCUUUAUGUUAGUUAUUUUGUAACUUUUGAUUUCGAGCUUAUUUUACAUCAUUAAAUGUUUUUUGUGUAUGUGUGUUUAUUUUUGUGAUGACCAGUAGAAGUUUUCUAUGGUGUGUAGAUCACGUGACAGUUGUCUGUAGCAGAUAAUGAUCUUUCACAGAAGUUUUGGUAUAAAUACAGGAAUUUCUCUGACAUUCACUUCUUAAUUCUGUAUAUUGCUGUUUAGCCAUAAAAGAUGAUCAACUGUGUUUUUACUGCAAGUGAAGUUUCUCUUCCUAUCAUUCCAAAGCAGUGAAUGUUGGAGAAUUCCCAAGAUUUACCCCAAAUACAUUAUGACUACUAAAUGCCUGUAAAAUGAAUAUUGUAU